AUGACCACGGAACCCCUCUACAACCUCCUCAAGGGUUUCGGAAUGGACCUCGCGUUCAAUGCCCAGUCCACUGAAAGGCCCACUGAAAAGCACAAGGUAACCUUCCCCAUGGCGACAGAGGCCGACCUCGACCGCUACGCGACCUACGUCGCCAGCACCGUCGCCGAGCUCGUCCUCGGCCUCCUCCAGCACCUCUACAACCAAUCCCAACUCUACAACUACCCCCAAAUGGCCCACGCCGGCCGCGAGAUGGGCAAGGCGCUGCAGUGCGUCAACAUCGCGCGGGACAUCCACCGCGACGCGGCCAUCGGGCGCGUCUACAUCCCGACGACGUGGUUGGCGGAGGCCGGGCUCACCCCGGCGGAUAUCCAGGUGAAUCCCCGGUCGACGGCGGCGUAUGCGAUGCAGGAGAGGGUGCUGGACAAGGCGGAGGGGUUGUAUGGGAGGGCGAGGGGGGCGAUCGAGGAGUUGCCAGCCGGGGUACGAGGGCCGGUGCGCACGACGGUGGAGAGUUAUAUGGAGAUUGGCCGGUAUCUGCGGGAACGUACGGGGGAGAGUCUGCGGACGGCGCGGAAGAUGCGGUUGCCGGUGGGGAGGAGGCUAGGGGCGGAGGUCGGGUCAUGA